UAUUCAACCCGCGGUCCUUGUGCUAAAACAACCCGAAGCGUUACGUGAGAUAAAAAAAAUAAAAAGGGGAUCCUGCCUCCUCCGAUCAGAUCUCCACCUCCAUCGCGCCUCGCCCCGCCUCAAGGCGCGCCGCCGUCCGCCACCGUGUGCCGCUGGUCGCCGCCGCCCACCCGGCCGGUGCGCCCUACCCCAUGUUCCCCAACACCCGCGGCCUUCCACCGCUGGCGACGCUCGACGCGGCGGCCACGGCGGCGCAGGCUUGCAAGGGGCGGCGGCCAUGGCGGGGAGGCGCCACUGCGCUCGGGCACCGCAUCAGGCGGCGGUAGCGAGGCGGGAGGCGCGAAUGGAAUGAAGAAGAAGAAAGUGGAGAGGCGGGGGCGGAGGCCGUGGCGGAGAGGCCGCGCUGCGCUCGGGGGCCGCAUCAGGCGGCGGCAGCGAGGCGGGAGGUGCGCGCGGAGACGAAGGACGAGAAAAUGGAGGCGCCGGGAGCGAGGACUUCGCCGGCGUCAAAGCCACUGCUGAGCGGGACGCAAGCCGUAGGGAUGAGGGUAGAGGAAGAGCAGCUCACGGGGAUGUGGAAGAGCAGGUCAGCGGGGUCGGAGGUGCUCGAAAGGUGAUGAAAUCGACCAUGGCGGCCGGCGGGUCCGAGGUUGAAGACGCGGUCGAUUCGGUCGUCUUGCGUUGUCCCGGCUCAUGAUCUUCCUCGGAGAGGGCGCGCGAGUCGUGGCGGAGCUCGUGGACACGUCGGUGCACCGAGAUGCUGGCGGUGGCUACGCUAAUGGUGUGAGGCGUGCACUGGUGCUCUCGGAGAAGCUCGAGAUCGAGCGAGGCAGAGGGGAAAACAGAGCCACGAGAGAGGGGAAAGGACCACGGGGUCGUCCUCAUCUCCUGGGCGAGGAGGUGGACUUGGUGGAGGCUUCGCCAACGCGAAGCAGGAGGACGCACUCUCAGGUCGUGCGGCCACCUUCUCCUAUUGUUUCUCAUCUCGGUUCCCCGCCGUCCAGUGAUGCUUCAGCCGUCGACAACCAACGACUGCAUGCACUCUUAGAGGUUGUGUUGAGACUGAACCUCAACUCUCCAAGUGAUUUGUGUUGCAGGUUGUAUUGAGACUGAACCUCAACUUCCCAAGUGAUUUUCAAAAGAACCCAAAUCCUAUUGCACGGAAGGUUGUCGAGGGUUUCAGACACAAAGGAGGCUUAUAGCUCUGAACACCAAGUGCGUAUGUAAUUAUUAUUUAAUGGAGCUAUCUUUUUUGUUUUAUGCAAAAUAUUUAUGCAUAUUUUCUUCUGGGAGAUUAUAACACUUAACUUCAAGUGAUUCAGGUCCAGAGCUUGCUGAUGGUUUUAGGAUGGUACCUUUGUAACUCGCAAGAUUUAGAAUAGAAUAGGACUUUGCAGUACAUGACCUAAUGCAAAAAAAAGGUAGCAGAUGCAACACUUAGUGGUAUUUCACAAGCUUCUGUUAUACAAGGCCUAUAAGAAACUGUCCUUACAUGGAAAUAAAGGUAACACAUGCAACUUGAUGUCGUAUCUCACAAGCAUCUAUAUCUGGUCAAUUAUGCGUAGGCGAUUUGUUUGCUUAGAAAUAACAUCAAAUGUGAAAUUCCUCUUCUACACCCGAGCUCA